AUGUUGUUCGGGAUAGUAUCUCGGUGUGCUUACGCGGAAGUGGUAGCAACCGAGAAUGAAACCCAGCUCGUCAUCCAGAAUGACCGACUAUACACACGUGUCGACAAGGCCUCUGGUGCCAUGGACGCCGUCGUGUUGGAUGGUCAGAACCUCCUGGGCACUCGCUCAGGAUCUACCGGCAUAUUCAAUUUAGAUUGCUACUGUACCCCGAACGGCUUCUGGACACCCGGAUCAACGCAGCCCACAUAUGAGCUAUACUCCGGAACAGACUCGACGGGGACAAGCUUCGGCGGUAUCAAGAUGUCCGACACAUACACCCCUACCGGCCAAGUUCUCGAGCAAUACUGGUUCCUCAGAGACGGAGAGACAGGUCUACAUGUAUUUUCACGUAUUGCGUACUACAACAAGACCACUCCCUUUUUGCGCAACUUGCAAGAAUUUCGAACCUUGUUCCGUCCCAACUCGGAUAUAUGGACGCAUCUCGCGACUAACGGAGUACAGUAUGCGCCGCUUCCUGGUGAGGAAGCCAAGAAGAACCAGGUCGUCGUACAAGAUGCUACGUGGUACAUGGGUAACACGCCUAAUGACCCGUAUGUCCAGCAGGAGGCAGACUACUUCACUAAGUAUACCUUCCAGGAUACUUGGAGAAACCAUGAUGCUCAUGGGAUGUAUGCGGAUGGGUCCCAAAUUGCGGACAAUUCCACGUUUGGAGCUUGGAUGGUUAUGAACACGAGGGAAACCUACUUCGGAGGCCCUCUACACUCUGACUUGGUAGUCGACGGGAUUGUAUACGAUUAUAUGGUCUCGAACCAUCACGGAGACCAAACGCCAAACAUCACCAACGGGUUUGACCGAACGUUCGGCCCACAAUUCUUCUACUUCAAUCAUUUCCCUGCCGGGACCGACCUCCAGGUUCUCCGAGAGGAUGCCACGCAGUUCGCAGACCCAGAAUGGAACACCGAGUUCUACGAUUCCGUCGCGCAAUACGUGCCUAACUACGUCCCCAGCAAGCAGCGCGCGACUUGGGAACUGCAAGCAGAUCUGCCCAAGAACGCCGAAAACCCCAUCGCCGUACUAUCGCAAAACGGGGUCGACUUCCAGGAUAACGCCUUCGACGCCAAGGCUUACCAGUACUGGGCCGAGAUCGACGAGAGCGGUCGCGCCACUAUCCCCCGAGUAAAGGAGGACACGUAUCGGCUUACGAUCUAUGCCGACGGUAUAUUCGGGCAGUACGUCCGGGACGACGUAGAAGUGCGUGCCGGCAAAAUAGAGACAACUCGGGUUACGUGGGAGGAGGAAAGCGAGGGAGAGGAGAUAUUCCGUAUAGGCACGCCUGACAAGAGUAGCGGUGAAUACCGACACGGUUACGAGCGCGAUCCGACGCACCCGCUCCAUCCCGAGCAGUACAGGGUAUACUGGGGCGCGUACGACUUCGUCGAGGACUUCCCUUCGGGCGUCACGUUUAAGGUCGGCGAGGGCGACGUGGGCAAGGACUUGAACUACGUGCAUUGGAGCGUCUUCGGUGGCUAUGCCAACUACCUCCGCUCCGAGCCGUACGUCGGCGACGGAAACGUGAACAACUGGACCGUCGUGUUCGACCUGCAGCAGUCCCAGCUCGACCAGAAGCACCAGGCGACCUUCACCGUCCAGCUAGCUGGAGCCAAGACCGCCGCGGGCAACACGGAUGUCUUCAACGCUUCCGAGCCCCACGCCAACUUGGCGUAUUCCGUCAGCGUGAACGGGAGGGAUCUCGAGCCCUGGAUUAUCCCGUGGCAUCAGAGCAGCUCGUGCGCGGUGCGCUCCGCAGUAAUAUGCUAUAACGUCGCGAACAAGUUCGUCUUCGACCCGGUUCUGCUUAAGGAGGGCGAGAAUAGGAUCGUCCUGAGCUUGCCGUUCAACGCGACCGACUACGAGAGCGCGGUGCUGCCUAACUCGGUAUACGUGCAGUACGACGCGCUGAGACUGGAGGUUAUGUAG